AUGGCGGAGGGCGGGCGGCGCGACGAUGAGGAGCUGCCGGUGUACCUGGCGCGGCCCGGCACGGCGGCAGUGCCCCGGCAGAAGCGUGGCGGCCUUUUCUGCAGCGUCGAGGGCGCCUUCGAGAGCAAGACCCUGGACUUCGGUGCGCUGCGGGUCGGGCAGCGCCGCGCCCCGCCGCCUCCCGGCCCCCAGCCCAGUCCCAGUCCCGAUCCCGGCCCCGGCUCCGACACCGGCGAGCCUCGCGUUACCUCCGAAGAGGAACGGCUGCCGGACGUGGCCCCCGCGGGCGACAGGAGUGAUCGUCUCCUUAUCAAAGGAGGGAGGAUAGUCAAUGAUGACCAGUCAUUCUAUGCUGACAUCUACAUGGAAGAUGGCCUCAUCAAGCAGAUUGGAGACAAUCUGAUUGUCCCUGGAGGGGUCAAAACCAUAGAAGCCAAUGGGAAGAUGGUAAUCCCUGGAGGAAUUGAUGUCCACACUCGCCUGCAGAUGCCAUACAAGGGGAUGACAGCAGUGGAUGAUUUCUUCCAAGGAACGAAAGCAGCCCUGGCUGGUGGAACCACCAUGAUCAUGGACCACGUGGUGCCGGACCCUGAGUCCAGCUUGGUGGAGGCCUGGGAGCGGUGGCGGGAGUGGGCAGACGGCAAAGCCUGCUGCGACUACGCGCUGCAUGUGGACAUCCCCCGCUGGAGCGACCGCGUCCGUCAGGAGCUGCACACCAUGGUCCAUGAGAAAGGAGUCAACUCCUUCAUGGUGUACAUGGCCUACAAAGACUUGUACCAGAUGUCAAACACAGAGCUGUAUGAGAUAUUCAGCUGCCUGGCAGAGCUUGGUGCCAUAGCUCAAGUUCACGCUGAGAAUGGAGAUAUAAUUGCCCAGGAACAAGCCAGGAUGUUGGAGAUGGGAAUAACCGGCCCCGAAGGCCAUGUGCUGAGCAGACCUGAGGAGCUGGAAGCAGAAGCUGUCUUCCGGGCCAUCACAAUUGCCAGCCAGACCAACUGUCCUCUCUAUGUGACUAAAGUGAUGAGCAAAAGUGCUGCUGACCUCAUCUCUCAAGCCAGAAAAAAAGGCAAUGUGGUAUUCGGUGAGCCGAUCACGGCCAGUCUUGGGACUGAUGGGACACACUACUGGAGCAAGAACUGGGCCAAGGCUGCAGCAUUUGUGGUCUCUCCACCUCUGAGCCCAGACCCAACAACUCCUGACUACAUCAACUCCCUCCUUGCCAGUGGUGACCUGCAGGUUUCGGGAAGUGCCCACUGCACAUUCAGCACUGCGCAGAAAGCAAUUGGAAAGGACAACUUCACAGCCAUCCCAGAAGGGACCAAUGGCAUAGAGGAGCGGAUGUCUGUCAUCUGGGACAAGGCAGUGGCCACAGGAAAGAUGGAUGAGAACCAGUUUGUGGCUGUGACCAGCACUAAUGCUGCAAAAAUCUUCAACUUGUACCCACGGAAGGGGAGAAUAGCAGUGGGCUCGGACAGCGACCUGGUUAUCUGGGACCCCGAUGCCGUGAAGAUCGUCACGGCAAAAACCCAUCAGUCUGCAGCUGAAUACAACAUCUUUGAAGGGAUGGAGCUCCGUGGGGCCCCCUUGGUUGUCAUAUGCCAGGGGAAGAUCAUGCUGGAGGAUGGAAACCUGCAUGUGACCCAGGGGACUGGACGCUUCCUGCCCAGCAGCCCUUUCCCUGACUAUGUCUACAAGCGCAUCAAAGCCAGGAGGAAGAUGGCAGAGAUGCAUGCUGUGCCCCGGGGCAUGUAUGAUGGACCUGUGUUUGACCUGACUACCACUCCCAAGGGAGGCACCCCUGCAGGUUCAACCAGGGGGUCCCCAACAAGGCAGACACCCCCAGUCAGGAACCUCCAUCAGUCUGGAUUCAGCCUGUCAGGUACCCAGAUCGAUGAGGGUGUUCGCUCUGCGAGCAAGCGCAUCGUUGCGCCCCCGGGAGGCCGCUCCAACAUCACCUCCCUCAGUUAA